UUAACAUAAUCACUAAUUUCCCCCAAAAAUUGAAUAGACGGUAUCAUUCGAGCACUUUUAAGUUCAUGGUUUGCACUCUUUUUGUUACAAACAACCUCUCAAACACACACACACACACACACAAAGUGGUAAGAUCCCGCUCUGCCUCUUAAUCUCCCGUUUCUUCCUCCUUUCAUCUAUUCUCUUGUAAAUCUUGUAUAAUUUUGUUGUUUUCAAUCGUAAGGCGGCACGCAUACUAUUUGUGGGAGUUAACAUUUCUGGUGGGAUUUUAAGCCUGGAGAAAUAUGCGAAAGGAUCCUGGUUCUGGGUGCCCAUCAACACCUACUGCGCGCUUACGUCGGCGCAAAGGUUCCAAUGAGGCCCCUCCUGAAGUUGAUAAAUCUAAUGGCAACAAUUUGCUUGUUAAUGAUCGUAACAAGUACAAGUCGUUUUUGAUCCGUGCAUACUCAACUGUUUGGAUGAUUGGAGGGUUCAGCUUCGUAAUAUACAUGGGACACCUAUAUAUCUGGGCAAUGGUAGUAGUUAUCCAGAUUUUCAUGGCCAAGGAGCUGUUCAAUUUACUUAGGAGAGCAUCCGAAGACAGACGCCUCCCGGGAUUCAGGCUCUUAAAUUGGCACUUUUUCUUCACAGCAAUGUUAUUUGUGUACGGUCGCAUUCUCAAUCUGAGGCUAGUGAACACUGUCGCAUCAGACAAAGUUUUGUAUAAACUUGUGAGCAGAUUUAUCAAGUAUCACAUGGUUACCUGUUAUUUCUUGUAUAUUGCAGGCUUCAUGUGGUUCAUUCUUACACUGAAGAAGAAGAUGUACAAAUAUCAAUUUGGCCAAUUUGCAUGGACACAUAUGAUUCUGAUUGUGGUGUUCACUCAGUCGUCAUUUACUGUGGCAAAUAUCUUUGAAGGAAUUUUCUGGUUCCUUCUUCCAGCAUCACUUAUCAUUGUCAAUGAUAUUGCUGCUUAUAUUUUUGGGUUUUUCUUUGGGAAAACUCCUUUGAUUAAGCUAUCGCCGAAGAAAACAUGGGAGGGUUUCAUAGGAGCAUCUGUUGCUACCGUCAUUUCAGCUUUCUUACUUGCGAAUGUAUUGGGUCGCUUUCAAUGGUUGACAUGCCCAAGAAAGGAUUUAUCAUCUGGCUGGCUUCAUUGCGAUCCUGGUUUGCUGUUUAAACCCGAGGGUUUUGCUCUGCCAGAGUGGUUUCCUCAACGGUUCCCAUGGAGAGAGAUUUCCAUUUUGCCAGUACAAUGGCAUGCUCUGUGUCUUGGUCUCUUUGCUUCGAUUAUAGCACCUUUCGGAGGCUUUUUCGCUAGCGGCUUCAAAAGGGCUUUCAAUAUCAAGGAUUUUGGUGAUAGCAUACCUGGUCACGGUGGGAUUACUGAUAGAAUGGACUGCCAGAUGGUGAUGGCUGUUUUCGCGUACAUCUAUCACCAGUCAUUUGUCGUGCCACAGAACUUAUCUCUCGAGAUGAUUAUUGAUCAGAUAAUGAUGAACCUUACCUACGAGGAGCAACGAGCCUUGUACACAAAACUCGGGCAGAUGAUUAUGGAGAGAGCGAUUGGAGAAUCCUGAACCCGAUUGCCAAUAUGGGGAGAUUUCUGAAUCUGAAUAAAAUUGACAUAGUGUAGUUUAUGCCUAAGUCUUUUUCUUGUACAUGUUUUGGUUUUUACCUUUUGUCUAGGCACACCCUUUUUUGCACUUGUUGUAUAGAUAUCUAUAUAUCUUUUCACCUUUUAGAAAUGUAUUGCCCAAAUCUAUCUACUUUCUUUGCGCCAAUGAGAAAAUUCAGACACCAGAAAGAUGUAGAUACUUUUCUUUACGUUUUCUGUAUAUUUAAUACUCCUACAACUUCAUAUCUA